ACACAAUGCACUGAAACCUACAUGUUAGUGUAUUUCUUCCUGUUUGAACAGAGUGAAGACAGUUCACAGGAAGAGAUGAUGGCUGUGAUGAGGAGGACGCUGCUCGCCGUUCUGCUCGGCAUUCUGGAGGCGAGUUCGUUGGCGGUCCAAGGUCAUCAAGGUCGUCAUGUUCAUAUGAUCCCUGGGGCUCCAUCCAAUGUCAGUUUGAAUGACCGCCGCCUCCAUCAGGUCGUUCUGACCACCGCCUACACCUACAAUAACCAAUCAAACGACGCCUUCCUGUUCAGACCCUCCAGUGUCCACCGAGCACAGAGACAGAUCGUGAAGGGGCUUCGUUACAUCAUAGACCUGGAUGUCUCCAGAACCGUGUGUCGUAAACGUGUCCCAAUCCCAGACCUGUCUCAGUGUGAAUUCCAACCUGAAGGUCGUCUCCACCAGACGUUCAGAUGUCACACCGAGGUCUGGUUCAUUCCAUGGACGAACCAAACCACCAUGCAGGUUUUCUACUGUAAAGACACGGAAUCUGACGUCUACUCACACAAAUAAACCCAUUCAAAUCAAGUC